AUGGUCCAUCGUUUCUGGCAAGUGGAAGAACCUGAUACAGCCACGUUCCAUGACGAUGGCCGGUAUGAGGCUGUGUAUAGCGCCGAGCGGUAUCGUGACACUACUGGAUUAUAUGUAGUUUCAAUGCCGCUCAAGCCCCUUCAUCGCAACGAACCAUUUCCUGGGUCACGUCAAAUUAAUACACUUCGUUUCCAGAACCUGGAACGGAAGCUCCAAGCCGAUAACGUGCUGUACACCGCGUACAAACAAUUCAUGUCAGAAUAUGAGUCGUUAGGACACAUGUCUAUCGCAGCUGAUGCCGGGACGUACUACAUACCCAACCACCAGGUCUUCAAUGCGGAUAGCAAGAAACGAGUGGUAUUUGAAGCCUCCGCCAAGGCCAGCUCGCUACUGUCCCUUAACCAAUGCUUGCACACUGUGCCGAAGUUGCAGUUGGACAUCCUGGACAUCUUGACUCGUUUUCGACUUCAUAGGUUUGUUUUCACCGCUAACGUAUGUAAAAUGUACUGGAAAAUCCUAAUGCGCCCGGAAUACCGGAGCUUCCAACACAUGUUUCGGUGCUCGUCACCAUUGGAGGCGUUAAAAGAAUAUAGACUCAACACCGUCACCUACGGAGUAAAUUGCGCCCUUUUCUUGGCAUAA